GAGCUGCUGCCAUGGCCAAGUACCUGGCCCAGAUCAUUGUGAUGGGGGCGCAGGUGGUGGGCAGAGCCUUUGCCCGGGCCCUGCGGCAGGAAUUUGCAGCCAGCCGGGCAGCAGCUGCAGCCGCCUCUAACCUCUCCGGCCUCAGCCUCCAGGAGGCACAGCAGAUUCUCAAUGUCUCCAAACUGAACCCCGAGGAGAUCCAGAAGUACGAAUACCUAUUCAAGGUGAAUGAUAAAUCUGUGGGCGGCUCCUUCUACCUGCAGUCAAAGGUGGUCCGAGCGAAGGAGCGCCUUGAGGAGGAGCUCCGAAUCCAGGCCCAGGAGGACAGAGAGAAAGAGAAGAGGCCACAAACGUGACCACUGGCUCCUCCCACCCCCCCUUCCACCUCUAAUUUAUAGCUCGUUAAUAAAUGUCUUUUCCGCAUUUCUCAA